AUGGAUUACUCCACGUUCAGCGGUGCGCCCCGCUUUCUGACCCGGCCCAAGGCCUUCCUGGUGUCGGUGGGCAAGGAUGCCACAUUAAGCUGCCAGAUUGUGGGCAACCCCGUGCCGCAGGUGAGCUGGGAAAAGGACAGGCAGCUGGUGGAGGCGGGCGCGCGCUUCCGCCUGGCCCAGGACGGCGACCUGUACCGCCUCACCAUCCUGGACCUCACGCUCGGCGACAGUGGGCAGUACGUGUGCCGCGCGCGCAACACCAUCGGGGAGGCCUUCGCUGCCGUCAGCCUGCAGGUGGGCCCGGACACCACGCUCGCCGAGCAGGCGCCGCACUUCCUGCUGCGGCCGACGUCCAUCCGUGUGAGCGAGGGCGCGGACGCCACAUUCCGUUGCCGCGUGCAGGGCAGCCCGCAGCCAGCCGUGAGCUGGGCCAAGGACGGCCGCCGCUUGGGGGAGCCCGCCGCGCCCGAUGCCCACCGAGUGCAAGUGGAGGCUCACGGCGAGGCGAGCGCGCUGCGCAUUCGUUCCGCACGACUACGCGAUGGCGGCACCUACACCGUGCACGCCGAGAACCCUCUGGGGGCCGCCAGCGCCAGCGCCGCACUCGUGGUGGACGCCAGCGCGCCAGGCCCGCCCGUGGGGUCCACCGCCGCGCUGCUGGCGCACCUGCAGCGGCGGCGCGAAGAGAUGCGCGUUGACGGCCCGCGGACGCCACCCGGCGCUGGCACCCGCACGUGCACGGUGACCGAGGGCAAGCACGCGCGGCUCAGCUGCUACGUGACCGGAGAGCCGAAGCCAGAGACAGUGUGGAAGAAGGACGGGCAGCUGGUGGUGGAGGGCCGGCGGCACAUGGUGUAUGAGGAUGCGCAGGAGAACUUUGUGCUCAAGAUCCUCUUCUGCAAGCAGGGCGACCGGGGUCUCUACACCUGCACCGCCUCCAACCUCGUGGGUCAGACCUACAGCUCGGUGCUGGUGGUUGUUAGAGAGCCCCCGGUGCCCUUUAAGAAGCGCCUGGAGGACCUGGAGGUUCAGGAAAAGGAGUCUGCUACAUUCCAGUGUGAGGUGGCCCAGCCAGCCACGGAGGCCGCCUGGUACAAGGAGGAGACGCGCCUGUGGGCCAGCGCCAAGUAUGCCAUCGAGGAGGAAGGCACCGAACGCCGCCUGACCGUGCGCAAUGUCACGGCUGAUGAUGAUGCAGUCUACAUCUGUGAGACCAAAGAAGGCAGCCGCACGGUGGCUGAGCUCUCUGUCCAAGGCAAUGUCACCAGAAAGCUCCCACGGAAGACAAGCAUCCGGGUAGGGGACACUGCCAUAUUUUGUGUGGAGCUGGCCAACCCGGAGGGCCCUGUGCGCUGGCUGCGGAACCAGGAAGAGAUGGUGGCCGGAGGUCGAGUUAACAUCACUGCUGUAGGCACGUGCCACACGCUGACCAUCUCCCAGUGCAGCCUGGAGGAUGCUGGCGAGGUGGCCUUCACAGCUGGGGACUGCCGGACAUCCACCCAGUUCUGUGUGGCGGCCCCCAGGAGGCCACCCUUGUACCCACCUUCUGAUCCUGUGGUGAAAGCCAAGACGGAGAGUUCUGUGACCUUCAGCUGGUCCCCACCGUUCCAAGGAGACCGCCCUGUCACCAUUGAUGGCUACGUGGUGGAGAAGAGAAGACUCGGGGCCUAUGCCUGGACCCGAUGCCAUGAGGCUGAAUGGGUGUCCACGUUGGAGCUGACCGUGGCUGGAGUGGCAGAGGAAGGGGACUUCCAGUUCCGGGUGUCAGCUGUGAACAGCUUUGGCCAGAGUCCCUCCCUUGAGUUCCCAGGGACAUUCCACCUGGCCCCUCAGCUGGCUGUAAAGACACCCCUGAAGGCAGUGGAGGCUGUGGAGGGUGGAGAGGUGACCUUCUCCGUGGACCUCACAGUGGCCUCAUCAGGAGAAUGGUUCCUGGACGGGAAGCCCCUGCAGGCCAGCAGCGUGUACGUGAUCCGCUGUGACCGCACCCAUCACACACUCACCAUCCGCACUGUGCCUGCCAGCUUGCAUGGUGCCGAGCUCAAGUUCGUGGCCAAUGGCAUUGAGAGCAGCAUCCGCAUGGUGGUACGAGCAGCCCCAGGGCUGAUUGGUGACAGGUUGCCUGUGGCCGCGGCCCAGAAGGUGUGGGCACGGCUGCACGAGGAGGCACAGCUGCUGGCGGAGCUGUCGGACCAGGCGGCGGCCGUGACGUGGCUGAAGGACGGCCGAGCGCUGCCACCGGGCCCCAAGUAUGAGGUGCAGGCGUCGGCCGGGCAGCGUGUCCUCCUGGUGCGUGAUGUGGCUCGCGAUGAUGCUGGCCUCUACGAGUGCCUCAGUCAUGGGGACCGCAUUGCCUACCAGCUGUCUGUGCAAGGCCUUACCAGCUUCCUGCACAAGGAGCCAUCGGGCGGCCGUGUGGAAGCAGUGGCCGGCAGCCAGGCGCAGUUUGAGUGUGAGACUUCGGAGGCCCACAUGAGUGUGAGAUGGUACAAGGAUGGCACAGAGCUUAGCAGCUCCUCCCAGCGCUUCUCACGGGAGGAUGUGGGGACGCGGCACCGCCUGGUGGCUUCCUCGGUCACCAGGCAGGAUGAGGGCACUUACACGUGCCGUGCAGGCGAGGACUCUGUGGAGUUCCAGCUCCGGGUGUCUGAGCCUGCGGCGGUGUUUGCCAAGCAGCAAGCAGCACAGAGCAAGGUGCAGGCCGAGGCAGGGGCCAGCGCCACGCUGAGCUGUGAGGUGGCCCAGGCCCAGACAGAGGUGACGUGGUACAAGGCUGGGAAGAAGCUGAGCUCGAGCUCGAAGGUGCACAUGGAGGCCACGGGCUGUGCACGGCGGCUGGUGGUGCAGCAGGCGGGCAAGGUGGACGCCGGGGAGUACAGCUGUGAGGCCGGGGGCCAGAAGGUCUCCUUCCACCUGGACGUCACAGAGCCCAAAGUGGUGUUUGCCAAGGAACAGCAGGCAAAGAGUGAAGUGCGGGCCGAGGCGGGGACCAGCGCCACGCUGAGCUGUGAGGUGGCCCAGGCCCAGACAGAGGUGACGUGGUACAAGGCAGGGAAGAAGCUGAGCUCGAGCUCGAAGGUGCGCAUAGAGGCCACGGGCUGUGCUCGGCGGCUGGUGGUGCAGCAGGCGGGCAAGGCGGACGCCGGGGAGUACAGCUGUGAGGCUGGGGGCCAGAAGGUCUCCUUCCACCUGGAUGUCACAGAGCCUGCAGUGGUGUUUGUCAAGGAACAGCCAGCACAAAAUGAGGUGCAAACUGAGGCGGGGGCUAGUGCCACACUGAGCUGUGAGGUGGCCCAGGCCCAGACAGAGGUGACAUGGUACAAAGAUGGAAAGAAGCUGAGCUCGAGCUCGAAGGUGCGCAUGGAGGCCACUGGCCGAGUGCGGCGGCUGGUGGUGCAGCAGGUGGGCAAGGUGGACGCCGGGGAGUACAGCUGUGAGGCCGGGGGCCAGAAGGUCUCCUUCCGUCUGGACGUCACAGAACCCACAGUGGUGUUUGCCAAGGGCCAGGCAGCACGGAGUGAGGUGCAGGCAGAGGUGGGGGCCAGCGCCACGCUGAGCUGCGAGGUGGCCCAGGCCCAGACAGAGGUGACGUGGUACAAAGAUGGGAAGAAGCUGAGCUCGAGCUCGAAGGUGCGCAUGGAGGCCACAGGCUGUCGGCGGCAGCUGGUGGUGCAGCAGGCGAGCAAGGCGGACGCCGGGGAGUAUAGCUGUGAGGCCGGGGGCCAGAAGAUCUCCUUCCAUCUGGGCGUCACAGAGCCCCCGGUGGUGUUUGCCAAGGAACAGCCCACACAGAGUGAGGUUCGGGCAGAAAUGGGUACCAGCGCCACACUGAGCUGUGAGGUGGCCCAGGCCCAGACGGAGGUGAUGUGGUACAAGGACGGCAAGAAGCUGAGCUCGAGCUCGAGGGUGCGUGUGGAGGCCACUGGCCAAGCGCGGCGGCUGGUGGUGCAGCAGGCGGGCAAGGCAGACGCCGGGGAGUACAGCUGUGAGGCCGGGGGCCAGAAGGUCUCCUUCCGCCUCCAUGUUCCAGAGCCUGCAGCGGUGUUUGCCAAGCAGCAAGCAGCACAGAGCAAGGUGCAGGCCGAGGCGGGGGCCAGCGCCACGCUGAGCUGUGAGGUGGCCCAGGCCCAGACAGAGGUGAUGUGGUACAAGGCUGGGAAGAAGCUGAGCUCGAGCUCGAAGGUGCGCAUGGAGGCCACGGGCUGUGCUCGGCGGCUGGUGGUGCAGCAGGCGGGCAAGGCGGACGCCGGGGAGUACAGCUGUGAGGCCGGGGGCCAGAAGGUCUCCUUCCACCUGGACAUCACAGAGCCUGCAGCGGUGUUUGCCAAGCAGCAAGCAGCACAGAGCAAGGUGCAGGCCGAGGCGGGGGCCAGCGCCACGCUGAGCUGUGAGGUAGCCCAGGCCCAGACAGAGGUGACGUGGUACAAGGCUGGGAAGAAGCUGAGCUCCAGCUCGAAGGUGCGCAUGGAGGCCGCGGGCUGUGCUCGGCGGCUGGUGGUGCAGCAGGCGGGCAAGGCAGACGCUGGGGAGUACAGCUGUGAGGCCGGGGGCCAGAAGGUCUCCUUCCACCUGGACGUCACAGAGCCUGCAGCGGUGUUUGCCAAGCAGCAAGCAGCACAGAGCAAGGUGCAGGCCGAGGCGGGGGCCAGCGCCACGCUGAGCUGUGAGGUGGCCCAGGCCCAGACAGAGGUGACGUGGUACAAGGCUGGGAAGAAGCUGAGCUCGAGCUCGAAGGUGCGCAUGGAGGCCACGGGCUGUGCUCGGCGGCUGGUGGUGCAGCAGGCGGGCAAGGCGGACGCCGGGGAGUACAGCUGUGAGGCUGGGGGCCAGAAGGUCUCCUUCCACCUGGACGUCACAGAGCCUGCGGUGGUGUUUGCCAAAGAGCAGCCGGCACAGAGUGAGGUGAAGGCCCAGGCAGGGGCUAAUGCCACGCUGAGCUGUGAGGUGGCCCAGGCCCAGACAGAGGUGACGUGGUACAAGGCUGGGAAGAAGCUGAGCUCGAGCUCGAAGGUGCGUGUGGAGGCCACUGGCCGAGUGCGGCGGCUGGUGGUGCAGCAGGCAGGCAAGGUGGACGCCGGGGAGUACAGCUGUGAGGCUGGGGGCCAGAAGGUCUCCUUCCACCUGGACGUCACAGAACCCACAGUGGUGUUUGCCAAGGAGCAGCCAGCACAGAGCAAGGUGCAGGCUGAGACAGGAGCCAGCGCCAUGCUGAGCUGCGAGGUGGCCCAGGCCCAGACAGAGGUGACAUGGUACAAAGAUGGAAAGAAGCUGAGCUCGAGUUCGAGGGUGCAUGUGGAGGCCACAGGUCGUGGGCGGCGGCUGGUGGUGCAACAAGCGGGCAAGGCGGACGCCGGGGAGUACAGCUGUGAGGCCGGGGGCCAGAAGGUCUCCUUCCGCCUGGACAUCACAGAGCCUGCAGUGGUGUUUGCCAAGGAACAGCCAGCACAAAAUGAGGUGCAAACUGAGGCGAGGGCCAGCGCCACGCUGAGCUGUGAGGUGGCCCAGGCCCAGACAGAGGUGACGUGGUACAAAGAUGGAAAGAAGUUGAGCUCGAGCUCGAAGGUGCGCAUGGAGGCCACUGGCCGAGUGCGGCGGCUGGUGGUGCAGCAGGCGGGCAAGGCAGACGCUGGGGAGUACAGCUGUGAGGCCGGGGGCCAGAAGGUCUCCUUCCACCUGGAUGUCACAGAGCCCACAGUGGUGUUUGUCAAGGAGCAGCCAGCCCAGAGCAACGUGCAGACUGAGGCAGGGGCCAGUGCCACACUGAGCUGUGAGGUGGCCCAGGCUCAGACAGAAGUGGUAUGGUAUAAAGAUGGGAAGAAGCUGAGUCCGAGCUCAAGGGUGCAUGUGGAGGCUACAGGCCGAGCGCGGCGGCUGGUGGUGCAGCAGGCGGGCAAGGCGGAUGCCGGGGAGUACAUCUGUGAAGCCGGGGGCCAGAAGGUCUCCUUCCACCUGAAUGUCACAGAACCCACAGUGGUGUUUGCCAAGGGCCAGGCAGCACAGAGUGAGGUGCGGGCUGAGGCGGGGGCCAGCGCCACACUGAGCUGUGAGGUGGCCCAGUCCCAGACAGAGGUGGUGUGGUACAAGGAUGGGAAGAAGCUGAGUUCAAGCUCAAGGGUGCGAGUGGAGGCUACAGGAUGCCGGCGGCAGCUGGUGGUGCAGCAGGCGGGCAAGGCUGACGCCGGGGAGUACAGCUGUGAGGCCGGGGGCCAGAAGGUCUCCUUCCGCCUUGACAUCACAGAGCCCGAGCCUGAGGCCGUGGAGAAACCUGGCCGCAAGGAGCCCCUGAUUGUCAAGGAACAUGAGGACAUCAUCCUGACGGCAGUGCUGGCCGCACCUUCUGUGGCCGCUGUGGCCUGGUUCAAAGACGGCGUGGAGAUUCGGCGCAGCAAGCGACAGGAGGCCGUCAGCGUGGGGGACACUCACACGCUGACCGUGCGCGGUGCCCAGACCUUGGACAGCGCCAUCUACAGCUGUCGUGUGGGCGACCGUCGGCAGGACUUCCCCGUCCAAGUGGAAGAGGUCAGCGCCCGGUUUUCCCGGGCCCUGGAGCCCGGGAGCGGGGAUGUGGGCGGCACCGUGGUGCUGACUUGCGAGGUGAGCCCGGAGCAGGCGGAGGUGGUGUGGCGAUGCGGAAGCACGCAGCUGCGCGCAGGGAAGCGCUUCCGGAUGGAGGCGGCGGGGCCGCUGCGCUCCCUCACCAUCACCGGCCUGCGGGAGGAGGACGCGGGCGAGUACGUGUGCGAGAGCCGCGACGACAGCACCCGCGCCUUGCUCUCCGUCCGUGUUCCCCGCUCGGUGAAGUUCACGUCUGGACUGAGCGGUGUGGUCGCGGAGGAGGGUCAGGAGGCCACCUUCCAGUGCGUGGUGUCCCCCAGCGAUGCUGUGGUUACGUGGUACCGUGAUGGCAUCCCAGUGCAGUCCAGCGAGAAAUUUGUUAUAUCACAGAGUGGGGCCAGCCACAGCUUAACCAUCUCUGGCCUGGCCCUGGAGGACGCCGGCCAGAUCACUGCAGAGGCUGAGGGAGCGACUUCUGUGGCAACCCUCAAGGUCCGAGAGGCCCCUGUGCUAUUUAAAAAGAAACUGGAGCCACAAACAGUAGAGGAACGGGGCUCAGUGACGAUGGCGGUGGAGCUGUCGAGGCCAUGGCCUGCUGUCAAGUGGACACGGAAUGCGGCUGCCAUUGUGCCUGGUGAGAACGUGCAGAUCCACGCUGAGGGCACGCACCAUCGCCUGGUGCUGCAGAAUGUUGGCUUCUCUGACCGUGGCUUCUUCGGCUGUGAGACACCUGAUGACAAGACACAGGCUAAGCUCAAUGUAGAAAUACGCCAGGUACGGCUGGUGCGAGGGCUGCAGACGGUGGAGGCUCGGGAGCAGAGCAGAGCCACCAUGGAGGUGGAGCUGUCACAUGCAGAUGUCGAAGGAAGCUGGACUCGUGAUGGGCUUCGGCUCCAGCCGGGACCCUCGUGCAGCCUGGCUGUGAGUGGCCCCACUCACACACUCACACUCUCUGAGCUGCGCCUGGAGGACAGCGGUCUUAUCGCCUUCAGGGCUGAGGGUGUGCACACAUCUGCAAAACUCCUUGUCAUUGAGCUGCCUGUAAGGUUCGUCCGCCCGCUGCAGGACAUGGUGGCCACAGAGAAGGAGAAGGUGACCAUGGAGUGUGAGCUGUCACGUCCUAAUGUUGACGUGCGGUGGCUGAAGGACUCCGUGGAGCUGCGGGUGGGCAAGAGCGUGGGCAUUGCUGCCCAGGGAGCCUCCAGAAGCCUCAUCAUUUACCGGUGUGAGCUUGCAGACCAGGGUGUCUAUGUGUGUGAUGCCCAUGAUGCUCAGAGCUCUGCUUCCCUGAAGGUGCAAGGUCGUGAUGUCCAGAUUGUGAGGCCUCUGGAGGAUGUGGAGGUGAUGGAGAAAGAAGGUGCCACCUUCUGCUGUGAGGUCUCCCACGAAGAGGUGCCUGGCCAGUGGUUUCGGGAGGGUACUAAGCUGCGGCCCAGUGACAAUGUGCGCAUUCGCCAGGAAGGAAAAACGUAUACUCUCAUCUACCGGAGGGUACUGGCAGAAGAUGCAGGUGAAAUAAAAUUUGUGGCUGAAAGUGCAGAGUCUCGAGCCCAGCUCCGGGUGAAAGAGCUGCCCGUUGCCAUCCUUCGACCUCUGCGGGACAAGAUCGCCAUGGAGCGGCAUCGAGGUGUGCUGGAGUGCCAGGUGUCUCGAGCCAGUGCCCAGGUGCGCUGGUUCAAGGGUGGCGUGGAGCUGCAGCCUGGGCCCAAGUACGAGAUGGUCAGUGAUGGGCUCUACCGCAAGCUGAUCAUCGCCAGUGCCCAGCCCGAGGAUGAGGACUCCUACACCUGUGAUGCCGGCGAUGCUAAGACCACUGCCAAGUUCUUUGUGGAAGAGCAAUCCAUCACCAUCGUGCGAGGCCUGCAGGAUGUGACCGUGAUGGAGCCCGCUCCUGCCUGGUUUGAGUGUGAGACCUCCAUCCCCUCGGUGCGCCCCCCUAAGUGGCUUCUCGGCAAGACAGCACUGCAGGUGGGGGCCAACGUGGGCCUGGAGCAGGAGGGCACCGUGCACCGCCUGGUGCUGCGACGCACCUGCUCCACCAUGACUGGCUCCGUGCACUUCACCAUCGGCAAGGCUCGCUCCUCUGCCCACCUGGUCGUCUCAGAUAUCCCAGUGGUGCUGACGAGGCCCCUGGAGCCCAAGGCUGGGCGGGAGCUGCAGUCUGUGGUGCUGUCCUGUGACUUCCGGCCACCCCCCAAGGCUGUGCAGUGGUACAAGGACGAUACACCCCUGAUGCCCUCAGACAAGUUCAAGAUGACACUCGAGGGCCAUAUGGCAGAAUUACGUGUCCUGCGACUCACACCUGCCGAUGCUGGUAUCUACCGGUGCCAGGCGGGCAGUGCCCAGAGCAGCGCUGAGGUCACAGUGGAAGCAAAGGAGGUGACAGUGACACAGCCCCUGAAGGACAUGGAGGCCACAGAGGAGGGCAGCGUCUGCUUCUCAUGUGAGCUGUCUGAUGAGAAGGAGGAGGUGGAGUGGUCGCUCAAUGGGACGCCACUGUACAACGACAGCUUCCACGAGAUCUCCCGUGAGGGCCGCCGCCACAUGCUGGUGCUGAAGCGUGUCUGCCAGGAAGACUCGGGCACUGUGUGCCUCACGUCCCCCAAGGUCACCACCUCUGCCCGCCUGGAGGUCAGAGGGAAGCCAGUGGUCUUCCUGAAGGCACUGGAUGACGUCACGGUGGAGGAGCGGGGCACGCUGGCCCUGCAGUGCGAGGUCUCAGACCCUGAGGCUCGCGUGGUUUGGCGCAAGGACGGCGUGGAGCUGGGUCCUGGUGACAAGUAUGACUUCCUGCACACGGGAGCCACACGAGGGCUUGUGGUGCAUAGCCUGAACCAGGAUGACGCCGGCCUGUACACCUGCCACUUGGGCUCUGAGGAGACCCGAUCCCGGGUCAGAGUGCACGACUUGCACGUGGGCAUCACCAAGAGGCUUAAGACAACAGAGAUACUGGAGGGUGAGAGCUGCAGCUUUGAGUGCAUCCUGUCCCACGAGAAUGCUGACGAGCCGGCCAUCUGGACCGUCGCUGGGAGGACCGUGGGCAGCUCCGGCCACUUCCAAGCCAGGCGCCAGGGCCGCAAGUACACUCUGACGGUUCAGGAUGCCGCGCUGAGCGAUGCAGGAGAGGUUGUGUUCUCUGUGGCUGGCCUCACCUCCAAGGCCUCGUUGGUGGUGAAAGAGAGGCCAGUGGACAUCACAAAGGCCCUGGAGGAUCAGAAGGCGACACCAGGGGAAGAUGUGGUGCUGAGCUGUGAGCUGUCCCGGGCAGGCACCAUGGUGCGCUGGCUGAAGGACGGCAAGGCUAUCCGCAAGAGUCAGAAGUAUGACGUGCGUGCCGAGGGCACUCAGGCCCUGCUGAUUGUCCGCGCAGCCACCCUCAAGGAUUCGGGCGAGUAUACGUGCGAGACGGAGGCCUCCAGGAGCACAGCCAGACUCCGCGUGGAAGAAAGGGCAAACUGUUUCACCAAGGAACUGGCUGAUGUGCAGGCUGAAGAGAAGGGUUCGGCUGUGUUUGAGUGUGAGACGGAGCGUCCUGCGACUUCAGUUACCUGGCGCCGAGGCCUGGUGGAGCUGCGUGCUUCAGGCAAGCAUGCACCCAGCCAGGAUGGGGUGACCUUGAAGCUCACCAUCAAUGCCCUGGAGCGGACAGACAGUGAUACCUACACCUGCGACAUCGGCCAGGCCCAGUCACAGGCCCGGCUCCUUGUGCAAGGCCAAAGCGUGCGCAUCAUUGAAGACCUGGAGGACGUGGAUGUGCAGGAGGGCGCCUCGGCCACCUUCCGCUGCCGUAUCGCCCCUACUGACUAUGAGCCUGUCCACUGGUUCUUGGACAAAACCCCCUUGCAUGCUAAUGAGCUCAAUGAGAUUGAGGUCCAGCCCGGGGGCUGCCACGUGCUGACCCUGCGGCAGCUUGCGCUCAAGGACUCGGGCACUAUCCACUUUGAGGCAGGUGACCAGCGGACCUCAGCCACGUUGAGGGUCACAGAGAAACCAAGCAUCUUCUCCCGAGAGCUCACUGAUACCACGAUCCUUGAGGGGGACACUCUGACUCUCAUUUGUGAGACCACCAAUCCGGACAGCACCGUGAGCUGGACCAAGGAUGGGAAGGUCCUUCGACCAUCAGCCCGGUGCCAGAUGAGUUAUGAGGGCUGCCAGGCCCAGCUGGUUGUCACGGACACCACCGUGCAAGAUGGCGGACGCUACAAGUGUGAAGCAGGGGGCACCUGGACCAGCUCCAUCGUCAGGGUCCAUGCGCGGCCAGUGAGGUUCCGGGAAGGGUUGAAGGACGUGGAGUUUCUGGAAGGCGGCGCCGCGACACUGCGCUGCAUGCUGUCUUCUGUGGCUGCGCCUGUGCAGUGGCGCUUCAAGGAUGAGGUCCUGCGGUCAGGUAGCAAGUAUGGGCUGCGACAGGAGGGAGCCAUGCUGGAGCUGGUGGUACGAGACCUGCUGCCCGAGGACAGCGGACUGUACUCAUGCACCUUUGGGGACCAGACGACUAUGGCCACACUUACCGUGAAGGCCUUGCCUGCCCAGUUCAUAGGGAAACUGAGAAGCAAGGAGGUCACGGAAGGGACCACGACCGUGCUUCGGUGUGAGUUGAGCAAGCCAGCCCCUGUGGAGUGGAAGAAGGGCUCCGAGACCCUCAGCACUGGGGGAAGAUACAGCUUGAAGCGGACUGGGGCCAUUUGUGAGUUGGAGAUCCGUGGCCUGGCUGUGGCCGAUGCUGGCGAGUACUCAUGCAUAAGCGGACAGGAGAGGACUUCAGCCACCCUGGCUGUGAGGGCCCAACCUGCCCAGUUCAUAGGAAGACUGAGAAGCAAGGAGGCUAUGGAAGGGGACACAACCACACUGCGGUGUGAGCUAAGCAAGGAGGCCCCUGUGCAGUGGAGAAAGGCCUCUGAGACCCUCAGCGCUGGGGGCAAAUACAACCCGAAGCAGGAUGGGGCUGUGUGUGAGCUGGAGAUCCGUGGCCUGGACAUGGGGGAUGCCGGGGAAUACUCAUGCAUCUGCGGACAGGAGAGGACCUCAGCCACGCUGACUGUGCGGGCCCUUCCAGCCAGAUUCAUUCAAGGUCUGAAGAACGAGGAGACCACUGAAGGGGCGACGGCCACGCUGCGAUGUGAGCUGAGCAAGGCGGCCCCUGUGCAGUGGAGGAAAGGCUCUGAGACCCUGAGUGAAGGGGACAGAUACAGCUUGAGGCACAAUGGGGCCACGUGUGAGCUAGAGAUUCAUGGCCUGGCUGAGACGGAUGCUGGGGAGUACUCGUGUGUGUGUGGGCAGGAGAGGACCUCAGCCAAGCUGACUGUGAAGGCUCUGCUGCCCAGAUUCAUACAAAGUCUGAUUGGUGAGGAGGCCAGGAAAGGAACAAUGGCUGUGCUGUGGUGUGAGUUAAGCAGGGUGGCCACUGUGGAGUGGAAGAAGGGCCCCGAGACCCUCAGCACCAGCAACAGAUACAACCUCAGGCAGGCAGGAGUCAUGUGACUAUUGGUCCACAGCGUGGCCAUUGCAGACACUGGGGAGUAUUUCUGCAUGUGUGAGUGAGAGAAGACCCUGGAGAUCCGUGGCCUGGCUGUGACAGAUGCUGGGGAGUAUCUGUGUGUGUGCGGGCAGGAGAAGACCUCAGCCACACUCACUGUGAAGGCCCUGCCAGCCAGGUUCACACAAGGGCUGAAGAGUGAGGAGGCCACGGAAGGGGCCACCACCACGCUCCGGUGUGAGCUGAGCAAGAUGGCUCCUGUGCAGUGGAGGAAGGGCUCUGAGACCCUCCGUGAUGGGGACAGAUACAGGCUGAGGCAGGACGGAGCCACCUGUGAGCUGGAGAUCCGUGGCCUGACUGUGACAGAUGCUGGGGAGUAUCUGUGUGUGUGCGGGCAGGAGAAGACCUCAGCCAUGCUCACUGUGAAGGCCCUGCCAGCCAGGUUCAUACAAGGCCUGAAGAGUGAAGAGACCACAGAAGGGACCUCGGCGACACUUCGGUGUGAGCUGAGCGAGAUGGCUCCUGUGCAGUGGAAGAAGGGCCUGGAUGCCCUCAGCACUGGGGAUAAGUACCGCCUGAGGCAGGAUGGGGCCAUAUGUGAACUGGAGAUCUGUGGCCUGGCUGUGGCAGAUGCUGGAGAAUAUAUCUGUGUAUGUGGGCAGGAGAGGACUUCGGCCGUGCUCACUGUGAAGGCCCUCCCAGCCAGAUUCAUACAAGUUCUAAAGAACGAGGAGGCCGCAGAAGGGGCGAUGGCCACGCUCCGGUGUGAGCUGAGCAAGAUGGCUCCUGUGCAGUGGAGGAAGGGCUCUGAGACCCUCCGUGAUGGGGACAGAUACAGGCUGAGGCAGGACGGAGCCACCUGUGAGCUGGAGAUCCGUGGCCUGACUGUGACAGAUGCUGGGGAGUAUCUGUGUGUGUGCGGGCAGGAGAAGACCUCAGCCAUGCUCACUGUGAAGGCCCUGCCAGCCAGGUUCAUACAAGGCCUGAAGAGUGAAGAGACCACAGAAGGGACCUCGGCGACACUUCGGUGUGAGCUGAGCGAGAUGGCUCCUGUGCAGUGGAAGAAGGGCCUGGAUGCCCUCAGCACUGGGGAUAAGUACCGCCUGAGGCAGGAUGGGGCCAUAUGUGAACUGGAGAUCUGUGGCCUGGCUGUGGCAGAUGCUGGAGAAUAUAUCUGUGUAUGUGGGCAGGAGAGGACUUCGGCCGUGCUCACUGUGAAGGCCCUCCCAGCCAGAUUCAUACAAGUUCUAAAGAACGAGGAGGCCGCAGAAGGGGCGAUGGCCACGCUCCGGUGUGAGCUGAGCAAGACGGCCCCUGUGCAGUGGAAGAAGGGCUCUGAGCUCCUCCGUGAUGGGGACAGAUACAGGCUGAGGCAGGACGGGGCCACCUCCACCUGUGAGCUGGAGAUCCGUGGCCUGGCUGUGACAGAUGCUGGGGAGUAUCUGUGUGUGUGCGGGCAGGAGAGGACCUCAGCCAUACUCACUGUGAAGGCCCAACAAGGGGUGUUCAGAACCCCACUGCAGAGCCUACAGGCUGAGGAAGGUUCCACAGCCAGCCUUCGGUGUGAGCUGACUGUUCCGGACACCACUGUGAGCUGGAGCAAGGGUGGGCUGGAACUGCAGGCCGGCGGGCGGCUGGAGCUGCGGAAGCAGGGGCCUGUGGCAGAGCUGCUGCUGCAGGACCUGCGCCGGGAGGAUGCCGGGGAGUACAGCUGCACCUGCGGCUCCCAGAGCACCAGUGCCACCCUCACGGUCACAGCUGCGCCUGUGUGCUUUCUUCGGGAGCUGCAGCCCCAGGAAGUGGACGAGGGUGCGACAGCACGGCUGUGCUGUGAGCUGAGCCAGCCGGGAGCAAGCGUGGAGUGGCGCAAGGGCUCCCUGCAGCUCUUCCCCUGUGCCAAGUACCAGAUGGUGCAGGACGGUGCCCGCGUCGAGUUGCGGGUACGCAGCACCGAGCAGGAGGACGCCGGGGACUACACCUGUGACGCAGGGCAGCGGCAGAGCACAGCCAGCCUCUCUGUCCGUGUCCCCAGGCCCCAGUUCAAGACCCGGCUGCAGAGCAUGGAGCAGGAGGUGGGUGGCGUGGCCCGGCUGUGCUGUGAGCUGAGCGGGAACGAGCCAGGUGCCUCCGUUCAGUGGCUCAAGGAGGGCGUGGAACUUCGCGGAGGCCCCAAGUAUGAGAUGCGAUGCCAGGGAGCCACAUGUGAGCUGCUGAUCUGUGGGCUCGAGGCCAAGGACACGGGCGAGUACACCUGUGUGGUGGGUGGCCAGAGAACCUCGGCCUCUGUCAAGGUCAAAGAGCCCGAGGUGGCCAUUGUGCGGGGGCUGGUGGAUGCCGAGGUGCAGGCGGACGAGGACGUGGAGUUCCGCUGUGAACUGUCAAAGCCCGUGGCCACAGGCGUGGAGUGGCGCCUCCAAGGUCUGCCGCUGCAGAGCAAUGAGGUGACUGAGGUGGGCAUGCAGGGCGGCUGCACCCACACGCUGAAGCUGAAGGGCGUCACCCCUGAGGACGCGGGCACUGUCUCCUUCCACGUGGGCCUCAGCACCUCCUCUGCCCAGCUCACUGUCCGAGUACCAGAGGUGACCAUCCUGGAGCCUCUGCAGGAUGUACAGCUCAGUGAGGGUCAGGACGCUCGCUUCUGGUGCCGGCUGUCCAGAGCUCCAGGCCAGGAGGCCCGCUGGGCUCUGGGCGGGGUGCCCCUGCAGGCCAAUGAGAUGAAUGACAUUGCAGUGGAGGAAGGCGUGCUCCAUUCGCUCACCCUGCACAAGGUGACCUCUGAGGAUGCUGGAACUGUCAGUUUCCAAGUGGGUUCCUGUAGCUCAGAAGCCCAGUUGAAGGUCACAGCCAAGAACACGGUGGUGCGAGGCCUGGAGAACGUGGAGGCACUGGAGGGCGGGGAGGCACUGUUCGAAUGCCAGCUGUCGCAGCCAGAGGUGGCCGCCCACACCUGGCUGCUGGACGACGAGCCGGUGCGCACCUCGGAGAACGCAGAGGUGGUCUACUUCGAGAACGGCUUGCGUCACUUGCUGCUACUCAAAAACCUGCGGCCACAGGACAGCUGCCGGGUGACCUUCCUAGUCGGGGACAUGGUGACUUCAGCAUUCCUCACCGUCAGAGGCUGGCGCCUAGAGCUCCUGGAGUCCCCACAGGAUGUGUCUGUACGGACUGGCAGGCCGGCCACCUUCCGCUGCACGCUCAGCGAGGUGGUGCCUGUGGGCGAAGCUUCCUGGUACCUCAAUGGCACUGCCAUCUCACCGGAGGAUGCAGACUGGAUAGUCACUGCUGAUGGCAGCCACCAUGCCCUGCUUCUUCAAAGUGCUCAGCCCCAACACGCUGGGGAAGUGACUUUUGCUGCCCGAGAAGCGGUGGCCUCAGCCCGGCUCACCGUGUUGGGCCUCCCGGACCCCCCGGAGGAUGCGGAAGUGGUGGGCCGCAGUGGCCGGUCUGUGACCCUGUCCUGGGUGGCUCCGACCAGUGACGGUGGUGGUGGCCUCUGUGGCUAUCGGGUGGAGAUGAAAGCAGCGGCCACAGGAGAGUGGCAGCUGUGCCAUGAGCUGGUGCCAGGGCCUGAGUGUGUGGUGGAUGGCCUGGCCCCUGGGGAGACAUACCGCUUCCGUGUCGCAGCUGUGGGCCCAGCGGGUGCCGGGGAGCCCGUGCACCUGCCCCAGAUGGUGAAGCUUGAGCCUCUGGAGCCCAAGCCUGCCCCCCUGCCCCCCGUGAGUCGGGAGGUGGCAGCCGGUGAGGAAGUGCGUCUGGAGUGUGAAGUGCUCACUGAGAUCGGAAAGGUCACCUGGCAUAAAGGUACAGAGCGUAUCCAGCCUGGUGGCCGCUUUGAAGUCAUCACCCAGGGCCGGAAGCAGACGUUGGUCAUCCGAGACUUCACGUCAGAGGACCAGGGCGAAUACCAUUGCAGUCCAGCUGUAGGCCAGGCUCCAACAGCCACUACCACCUUCCAGGUGGUGCUGACUGCAGGCUCAGAGGGUGAGACUCCGUCCCAGCCCAGCCUCCCUCCAGAGGCAGCCCAAGAGGGCGACCUGCACCUGCUGUGGGAGGCCCUGGCCCGGAAGCGCCGCAUGAGCCGGGAGCCCACCCUGGACUCCAUCAGUGAGCUGCCUGAAGAGGAUGGGCGCCUGCAGCGCCUGCGGCAGGAGGCGGAGGAGGGGGUCCUCUCCGAGGACUACUCCACAGCUGAUGAGCUAGCCCGUACGGGCGAGGCUGACCUCUCACACACCAGCUCCGACGAUGAGUCCCGGGCGGGCACCCCUUCACUGAUUACCUACCUCAAGAAGGCUGGGCGGCCUGGUGUCCCAACUCCUGUCAGCAAGGUCAUGACGCCACCAGCUGUCUCUGGGAAGCCACAGAAGCUGCAGAAGCCACAGGAGUCCCCUGCUGCAGUCCACCCCCCACCUGGUGACCUGAGUGCUGAGGACCUGGGUGACCCAUCCUUGGACAAGGCAGCUGUGAAGAUCCAGGCAGCAUUUAAAGGCUACAAAGUCCGGAAGGAGAUGAAGCAGCAGGAAGGACCUGUGUUCAGCCGUACCUUUGCGGACACGGAGGCACUGGUGGGGGAUGCCCUGCGCUUGGAGUGUGUGGUGGCCAGCAAGGCAGACUUUCGAGCCUGCUGGCUGAAGGAUGGUGUGGAGCUGGCUGAUGGGCGGCACUAUCACCUUGACCAGCUCAGUGAUGGCACCUGCUCACUGCUCAUCACGGGCCUGGGUCGCACCGAUGCUGGCCGCUACACCUGUAAAGUGAGCAACAAAUUUGGCCAAGCAGCCCACAGUGGCUGUGUGGUGGUCAGCGGGACAGAGAGCGAAGCCGAGAGCUCCUCAGGGGGUGAGCUGGAUGACGCCUUCCGCAGGGCUGCCCGGCGGCUGCACCGGCUCUUCCGCACCAAGGGCCCAGCCGAGGUCUCGGACGAGGAGCUCUUCUUCAGUGCUGAGGAAGGCAGCGUGGAGCUGGAGCAGCCUGGGGACUGGCAGACGUACCGUGAAGACGAGCACUUCGUCUGCAUCCGUUUUGAGGCCCUGGCCGAGGCCCGCCGGGCUACCACCCACUUCAAGGAGAUGUUUGGCACCAUGGGGAUUGGAGUGGAGAUCAACCUUGUGGAGCAAGGGCCUCGUGGGGUGGAGAUGCGCAUCGGCAAGGUGGCCCCGACGGUGGUUCAGGGGCCAGCACCCAGCCUGCUGACCUCAGACACUGCUCCAGUGUUCCUGACUGAGCUCCAGAACCAAGAAGUACAAGAUGGCUAUCCUGUGAGCUUCGACUGCGUGGUAACAGGCCAGCCAGUGCCCAGUGUGCGCUGGUUCAAAGAUGGGAAGGUGCUGGAAGAAGAUGACCACUAUAUGAUAAAUGAAGAUCAACAGGGUGGCCACCAACUCAUUAUCAUGGCGGUGGUGCCAUCAGACAUGGGCGUCUACCGCUGCCUGGCUGAAAAUAGCAUGGGCGUCUCCUCCACCAAAGCUGAGCUCCGGGUGGACUUGACAAGCACAGACUAUGACACUGCAGCUGAUGCCACCGAGACCUCAUCUUACUUCAGUGCCCAAGGCUACUUGUCCAGCCGGGAACAGGAGGGCAUGGAAUCGACUGCAGAGGAGGGGCAGCUUCCCCAAGUAGUGGAAGAGCUGAAAGACGUGCAGGUGGCCCCAGGCACACGCCUGGCCAAGUUCCACCUCAAGGUGAAAGGCUACCCGACACCUCGCCUGUACUGGUUCAAAGAUGGGCAGCCUCUGUCCGUGUCCCCCCACAUCCGCAUGACUGAUAAGAAGACGUUGCACACCCUGGAGAUCCUCUCAGUCACCAGGGAGGACUCUGGCCAGUACUCAGCCUACAUCAGCAACACCGUGGGCGCAGCCUACUCGUCUGCCCGCCUCGUGGUGCGCGGUCUAGAUGAACCAGAAGAAAAGCCAGUACCGGAUGUGCAAGAGCAGCUGGUGCCGCCCCGAAUACUGGAGAGGUUCACCCCCAAAAAGGUGAAGAAGGGCUCCAGCAUCACCUUCUCAGUCAAAGUUGAAGGCCACCCCGCCCCGGCUGUGCACUGGCUGCGGGAGGAGGCUGCUCAGGGCGUGCUGUGGAUUGGACCCGACACGCCGGGCUACACGGUGGCCAGCUCUGGGCAGAAGCACAGCCUGGUCUUGCUGGACGUGGGCCGGCAGCACCAGGGCACCUACACUUGCAUCGCCACCAAUGCUGCUGGCCAGGCGCUCUGCUCUGCAGGCCUGCAUGUCUCUGGCUUGCCCAAGGAGACCAGGACAGCAGAACAGCAGGGGGGUGCAAAGGAGGCGCUCAUCUCCACCUUCCUGCAGGGGACUCAAACCGUCUCCACGCAGCUGUCCGAAUCUGUGGGAUUUACCGACCUGAUGGGACAGAGGAAAGGAGAGCUGUCUGCAGCCGAGGAGGCCCGUGGACACCUCUCCCUCGCCGAGGUCGGCACGGAGGAGUUCCUGCAGAAGCUCACCUCCCAGAUCACAGAGAUGGUGUCGGCCAAAAUCACCCAGGCCCGGCUGCAGGUGCCUGGAGGUGACAGUGAUGAAGAGUCCAAGACCCCGUCCCCAUCACCCCGGCAUGGCCGUUCACGACCCUCCUCCAGCAUCCAGGAGUCCUCUUCAGAAUCAGAGGAUGGUGAUGCCCGUGGCGAGAUCUUUGACAUCUACAUGGCCACAGCCGACUACCUCCCACUGGGGGCAGAGCCAGGUGCCAUCACGCUGAGGGAGGGACAGUACGUGGAGGUCCUGGACUCAGCACACCCGCUGCGCUGGCUCGUGCGCACCAAGCCCACCAAGUCCAGCCCUUCACGGCAGGGCUGGGUGUCUCCCGCCUAUCUGGACAAGAGGCUUAAGCUCUCGCCUGAGUGGGGUACUGCUGAGGCCCCCGAGUUCCCCCGAGAAGCCAUGUCUGAAGAUGAAUAUAAGAUGAAGCUGAGUUCUGUCAUCCAGGACUUGCUGAGCUCCGAGCAGGACUUUGUGGGCAUGCUGAAGUUCCUGCAGAGCCAUCACAUGCAGCACCUGGACCGCUGUCCCCAGGCGCCAGCUGCAGUGACCAGCCAGAAGGCGGUCAUCUUCCGCAAUGUGAAGGAUAUCAGCCACUUCCACAGCAGUUUCCUCCAGGAACUGCAGAAAUGUGACACAGAUGACGAUGUGGCCAUGUGUUUCAUCAAGAACGAGGAGGCCUUUGAGCAGUACCUGGAGUUCCUGGUGGGCCGCGUGCAGGCUGAGUCCGUGGUUGUCAGCACAGCCAUCCAGGAGUUCUACAAGAAAUAUGCUGAGGAGACGCUGUCUGCAGCAGACCCCUCCCAGCCUCCCCCUCCGCCGCUGCAGCACUACUUGGAGCAGCCCAUCGAGCGGAUCCAGCAGUACCAGACCCUCCUCAAGGACCUUAUCCGGAACAAGGCCCGGAACAGGCAGAACUGCGCCCUGCUGGAGCAGGCCUACGCGGUGGUGUCAGCCCUGCCCCAGCGCGCAGAGAACAAGCUGCAUGUGUCUCUCAUGGAGAACUACCCAGGCACCCUGGAGGCCCUGGGCGAGCCCAUCCGACAGGGCCACUUCAUCGUAUGGGAAGGGGCACCAGGGGCCAGAAUGCCCUGGAAAGGCCACAACCGCCACGUCUUCCUCUUCCGCAACCACCUGGUGAUCUGUAAGCCCAAGCGGGACUCUCGGACUGACACUUUCAGCUAUGUCUUCAGGAACAUGAUGAAGCUGAGUAGCAUCGACCUGAAUGACCAAGUGGAGGGUGACGAUCGUGCCUUUGAGGUGUGGCACGAACGAGAGGACUCGGUGCGCAAGUACCUGCUGCAGGCGCGGACUGUCAUCAUCAAGAACUCGUGGGUGAAGGAGAUCUGUGGCAUCCAGCAGCGUCUUGCUCUGCCUGUCUGGCGUCCCCCAGAUUUUGAAGAAGAGCUGGCAGACUGCACAGCCGAGCUGGGAGAGACAGUCAAGCUAGCCUGCCGUGUGAUGGGCACCCCCAAACCCAUCGUCAGCUGGUACAAAGAUGGGAAGUCAGUGGAAGUAGACCCUCACCACAUCCUAAUUGAAGACCCAGAUGGCUCCUGCGCCCUCAUCUUGGACAACCUGACCGGUGUGGACUCGGGCCAGUACAUGUGCUUUGCAGCAAGUGCUGCUGGCAAUGCCAGCACUUUGGGGAAGAUCCUGGUGCAAGUACCUCCACGAUUUGUGAACAAAGUCCAUGCUGCCCCCUUUGCGGAGGGAGAAGACGUCCAGUUCACUUGCACCAUCGAAGGUGCCCCGUAUCCUCAGAUCAGAUGGUACAAGGACGGGACUCUACUGACACCAGGCAACAAGUAUCGGAUGCUCAGUGAGCCACGCAGUGGUGUUCUGGUGCUGGACAUUCAAGCCGCCAGCCAGGGCGACCUAGGCUACUAUGAGUGUGAGCUGGUGAACCGGCUGGGCUCGGCCCGUGGUGGUGCGGAGUUGUACAUGCAGAGCCCAGCACUGCAGGCCCGUGAGCAGCGCCGCAAGGAGCAGCUCGUCGCUGUGGAAGAAGACACAUCCUUGAAGCGAGCUGACCAGGAGAUCCAGUCGGCCCUGCGGAGACUGGGUGGCCCUGAGGCUCCAGGCUCUUCUGCAGAAGCCUGCAGUCCUGGAAGCUCCCUGCUCACAGGCCCCACAGCCAGGGAGGCACCUGAAGUGCAGGAGGCUGGACUCUUACCUCCAGGCGCAGGAGCCACGGAGGCAUCUGCCAAGAUCCACAGUGAGGCCCGUGCGACGGCACAGUCCCAUCCUGGGGCAGGCUUGGAGCAGGAGAUGGCAGCAGGCUCUGGCGCCCAAGAACGAACGGUCCCUAUUCGGAUAGAGGGCGUAGGCUGGCCUGGAACAGGGGCAGCAGAGACCCUGUGGGAUGCCCACAGCCACGUGUUCGUGGAGACCACCCACAGGACCUAUGUGUAUCAAGCCAGCGACACUGGUGUCACAAGGCCACCAUCCAUGCAGGUCACCAUUGAGGACGUGCAGGCGCUGAGCGGUGGCACGGCUCAGUUCCAGGCUAUCAUUGAAGGCACCCCCCAGCCCACUGUGACCUGGUACAAGGACAAUACCCGGCUGGAGGACAGUCCACGGCUUAGCCAGCAGCAGGAUGGGACCACAUAUUCCUUGGUGCUGCGGGACGUGGCCGAGCAUGAUGCUGGUGUGUACACCUGCCUGGCCAGAAAUGCCAGCGGUGAAGUGUUGUGCAAGGCAGAGCUGCUGGUCCUCAGGGGAGAAAGUGAGCCAGAAUCAGAAAGGCCGAGUAGUCGGAGGAAGUUGCAUUCUUUCUAUGAGGUCCAGGAGGAGAUCGGCAGGGGCGUGUUUGGCUUCGUGAAGAGAGUUCAGCACAAGGGGAACAAGAUGUCCUGUGCUGCCAAAUUCAUCCCCCUGAGGAGUAAGACAAGGGCCCAGGCGUACCAGGAGCGGGACAUCCUCGCCACCCUCAGCCAUCCACUCAUCACCAAGCUGCUGGACCAGUUUGAGACCCGGAAGACCCUGAUCCUCAUUCUGGAGCUAUGUUCAUCAGAGGAGUUACUGGACCGUCUGUUCAAGAAGAGCGUGGUGACAGAAGCUGAGGUGAAGAUCUACAUCCAGCAGCUGGUAGAGGGGCUGCAGUACCUGCAUACCAGUGGCAUCCUCCACCUGGACAUAAAGCCUGCCAACAUCCUCAUGGUGCACCCUGCUCAGGAGGACAUCAAAAUCUGUGACUUUGGCUUUGCCCAAAAAAUUACACCAUCUGAGCCACAGUACAGCAAAUAUGGCUCUCCGGAGUUUGUGCCCCCCGAGGUCAUCGAGCAGACCCCUGUGAGCGAGGGAUCCGACAUCUGGGCCAUGGGAGUCAUCUCCUACCUCUGCCUGACCUGCUCAUCACCGUUUGCGGGUGAGAGUGACCGUGCCACUCUGCUGAACGUUCAGGAAGGACGGGUGUCCUGGAGCAGCCCUGUGGCUGCCCACCUCAGUGAGGAUGCCAAGGAUUUCAUCAAGGCCACCCUGCAGAGGGCCCCAGAGGCCCGGCCCAGGGCCUCCCAGUGCCUCACUCACCCUUGGUUCCUGAAGUCCCUGCCUGCAGAGGAGGCCCAUUUCAUCAACACCAAGCAGCUUAAGUUCCUCCUGGCCCGGAGCCGCUGGCAGCGCUCCCUGAUGUGCUACAAGUCCAUCCUGGUGAUGCGCUCCAUCCCUGAGCUUCUCCAGGGCCCCCCUGACAGCCCAUCCCUCGGGGUCUCGCGCCACCUGCUCCGAGAUGCCAGCGGCUCUUCCAGCAGCUCCUCCUCGGACAACGAGAUUGCGCCAUACGCCCGUGCCAAGUCACUGCCACCCUCCCCUGUGUCCCACUCCCCGCUCCUGCACCCCAGGGGCUUCCUGCGGCCCUCUUCCAGCCUCCCUGAGGAGGCUGAGGUCUGCAUGGCACCUGAAGGCCCCUCUCUGCCUGUGGGUGGCGUGCCACCGGCCUCCCCAGGCUUUGUUCCCCGCCAGAGCAUCAUACGGAGCCUGUUCUACCAGCAGGCAGAGGAAGGCUCAGAGCGCGGCUCCUCACCUUCAGCCAUGGGCAGCAGAAAGCACCUGGCGAGGGCCCGCCGGCACCUGCUGAAGGGGGGUUACAUUGCUAGGGCCAUGCCCGGCCUGCGAGAGCCCCUGCUGGAGCACCGUGCACUGGAGGAGGAGGCUGCCAGGGAGGAGCAGGCCGCCCUGAUGACCAAGACACCCUCGUUUGAGUCAGCCCUCAGGCUGCCCAGCUCCACACCCCACAUGGCCCCUGGUCGCAGCCGCUCCCUGGAUCAAGAUCGGCCACGUACCACCAGCCCCUUCCCUGAGGAGCAGGAGAAGACACCUGAGACCUGCCUUGAAGGGCAGUGCUCCACAGCCCCUGCCCAGGCAGCCCCAGGCAUGGCACCAGGCUCUGAAGAGGGAUCAAAACUGUCUCCAUCCACAGACGGCACCACAGGCCCAAGGGUUUUACAAGACAGUCCUUGGAAGCAGCCUUCUUUUCACUUUGACUGGGGUUCUGUUCCCCAAGAGGGCUGUGAGGCCUCUGAAGCUGCUGCACAACAGCUUUCAAACUCCUUCCAGCCCCGAUCUCACGCAGCCGGCUUCCAGGAACCAAGAAGCCCAUCCUUCCCAGGGGAACCCCAGGCCGUCCCCACCCCAGCCCAAGCCAGUCCUGUACCAGGCUCUAAGGAAUGUUCUAUAGGGCCCGCCUUACAGGAAGGCCUGUCCCCCAAGGAGGCCGUGCCACCCUCCCCUGCGGACACAGAGCCUGGAGCCUUCCUGGAUACAGAGGACUUAUCCCAGGAGACCACUCAGCAGCGGCCUCAGGAGCAGGCCACCACUCGGAAGUUCUCCCUGGGGUGCCGCGGGGGCUAUGCAGGGGUGGCGGGCUACGGCGCCUUUGCCUUUGGUGGGGAUGCAGGGGGUAUGCUGGGGCAGGGUCCCAUGUGGGCCAGGAUGGCCUGGGCCCAGUCUCAAUCCUCAGAGGAACAGGAAGACAUAGUGGCCGAGAGCCCACUGCCCCCAGCUGGUGCUGUUCUCAUGCCCAAGGGGAGCAGGCCUUCUCAGAAGGGCUCCCCAGAGUUUACCUCGUGGGAGGACUUCGGCCAGGGCUCUCAGGUCUCCCUGGUGCAGAUCAAGGACCUCUCAGGCGAUGCAGAGGCAGCUGACACCCUGUCCCUAGACAUCUCCGAGGUGGAGCCAGCCUACCUCAACCUCUCUGACCUGUAUGACAUCAAGUACCUCCCAUUCGAGUUCAUGAUCUUCAGGAAGGUCCCCAAACCGCCUGUGGAGCAGGAGUCACCCUCCACUCCAGAGGAGGACCAGGAGGGGCUGGAAGAGCUCCCAGAGGCGGCGUGGUCCUGGCUGAGCGAGCUGGGCGGCCCUGCCGGCCUGGCUGUCCACCCUCGAGUUGGCCUGCAGAUCACUGAGGAGGAGCCAGAGGACAUGGAGGCCCUGCUGGGGGAGGCUGCCCUGGGCCGGAAGCGGAAGGCAUCGCCCUCCUCACGGAGCUUCUUCCAGCUCUCUGGGGGGUGCCUGCCACUGGAAGAGCCCACAGAACACAGCCUGCGCAAGAGGGUGAAGGCCUCGGUGGCCCACAUCUCCCGGAUCCUGACAGGCAGGCCAGAAGAUCCAGAGAAGGAGGGCAUCUCCAAGAAAAGAUCAGGUCUGGCCUCCUUACGGCUGAAGAGCAGGGACCGAGCCCCAUCAUUUCUAAAGGAGCUCUCGGAUGAGACCGUGGUCCUGGGCCAGUCCGUGACACUUGCCUGCCAGGUGUCAGCCCAGCCCGCUGCACAGGCCAGCUGGUGUAAAGAUGGGGUACCCCUGGAGAGCAGUGGCCGGCUUCUCAUCUCCUCCACUCUCAAGAAUUUCCAGCUUCUGACCAUCCUGGUGGUGACAGCCGAGGACCUGGGUGUGUACACCUGCAGUGUGAGCAAUGUGCUGGGCACAGCAGCCACCACAGGCGUGCUCCGGAAGGCAGAGCUCCCCUCAUCCUCUCCACGCCCAGACAUCGGAGAGGUAUAUGCAGAUGGGGUGCUGCUGGUAUGGAAGCCUGUGGAGACUUGUGGCCCCGUGACCUACAUUGUGCAGUGCUGCUUGGAAGGUGGAAGCUGGAUCACUCUGGCCACUGACAUAUUUGACUGCUGCUACCUAACCAGCAGGCUCCCGCGGGCCGGCACGUAUACGUUCCGGACAGCCUGUGUCAGCAAGGCGGGCAUGGGCCCCUACAGUAGCCCCUCGGAGCAGGUCCUCCUCGGGGGGCCCAACCAUGUAGGUUCUGAGGAAGAGAGUGGCCAUGCACAGCCAGCUCAGCCCCUCUCAAGCACACAGACCUUCGCCUUCCAGACGCAGAUCCGGAGGGGCCGCUUCAGUGUGGUACGGCAGUGCCGGGAGAAGGCCAGUGGGCGCGCGCUGGCAGCCAAGAUCAUCCCCUACCGCAUGGAGGACAAGACAGCUGUACUGGGAGAAUAUGAGGCCCUCAAGGGUCUGCGCCACCCGCACCUAGUGCAGCUGCACGGGGCCUACCUCAGCCCACGGCACCUGGUGCUCAUCCUGGAGCUGUGUUCUGGACCAGAGCUGCUCCCCUGCCUGGCCGAGAGGACCUCCUAUUCAGAAUCAGAGGUGAAGGACUACCUGUGGCAGAUGCUGAGUGCCGCCCAGUACCUGCACUCCCAGCACAUCGUGCACCUGGACCUUAGGUCUGAGAACUUGAUUGUCACUGAGUACAACCUGCUUAAGGUUCUUGACUUUGGCAACGCCCAGAGUCUCACCCAGGAGAAGGUCCUGCCGUCAGAGAAGUUCAAGGAUUACAUGGAGACCAUGGCUCCGGAGCUCCUGGAGGGCCAGGGUGCAGUACCGCAAACCGAUGUCUGGGCCAUAGGAGUGACUGCCUUCAUCAUGUUGAGCGCUGAAUAUCCUGUGAGCAGUGAGGGCGCUCGCGACUUGCAGAAAGGCCUGCGCAAGGGCCUCGUCCGGUUGGGCCGCUGUUACGCGGGACUAUCAGGGGGUGCUGUGGCCUUCCUCCGCAGCACGCUGUGUGUCCACCCAUGGGGCCGGCCCUGUGCAUCCAGCUGCCUGCAGUGUCCCUGGCUGACUGAGGAAGGGCCCCCGGGGUCCAGGCCCGCGGCCGUGACCUUCUCCACAGCACGCCUGCGCGCCUUUGUGCGCGAGCGCGAGAAGAGACGGGCAAUGCUGUACAAGAAGCACAACCUGGCCCAGGUGCGCUGA